CAUACGUUCCUGGUACUGCUGCUGGAGUCGAUCAUGCUCCUGUAAUACAGUCUGCCAGAGCUCAAUUGCUUGUUCUUUUUCCUGUUACAGAACAAUGUCAGACCAGCUAUCCCCAGGGUGCUCAGCCUCCUGAGCUGGAAGAUAAGGAUGGAGAGCAGAACAACCCACCCAUAAUCCAGGAGGAAGCAGUCAGUGAUCUGCUUCUGCACCUAGAGAUUAUGGAAGAAAAGUCAUAUAUUUAAUUUACUGAAUAAACAGAAUAAUAUCUAAAAACAACCGCUACAGGAACACUUUUACAGACUCCACUCAAGUUCUCAGAGCUGCGAACACAUGUAUUAUAUGAAGAUGGAAUUUACAAUUAAACACACAUGGGAUGGUUUACCUGUGAGCCAUGAGCCAGUAACAAUUGUGCUGAAGUCAGACAAUGCAGGACUGCUAAUGGAAGUUACUGCUCCCUUCUUUAAUGAUCCGCCAGCACCACUUGGAGAGCCAGGGAAACCUUUUAGUAGACUGUGGGACUAUGAGGUUGUGGAAGCAUUUUUCCUGAGUGACAGAACUGAACACUAUUUAGAAGUUGAACUUUGUCCCCAUGGACAACACUUGGUGCUGCUGCUUUCUGGCAAAAGAAGAGUAUGGGAAGAAGAACUUCCUUUAGAGUUUGAGGUGACCAGAAUGAAAACUAAAUGGGAGGGUAAAGCCCAUCUUCCUUGGAGUUAUUUUCCACCAUCCGCUAACAAGUUCAAUGCAUUUGCAAUUCAUGGCUCAGGAGAAGACAGAAAAUAUGAAGCUCUUUAUCCUGUGCCUCAACAUGAACUACAGGAAGGACAGAAACCAGAUUUUCAUCGCCUGGAAUUUUUCAAAGAUUUGAACCUGAAAGAGCUAAUGGGAGAAGACUGGAAGCAGCCUGAAUCAGAUAUAUGGAAGUUUCUUCCUAAUUAAAUGGACUGAGGCCUACAUUUUUAUAGCAUUAAGGUCAGAUGAAGCUGUAUGGAAACAACGUCUUCAUUCUGAACAGAGUUUAUAAAUACCAGAUUAGUAAGGCUUUCCUUGACACUAAAAUCAUUGAUCGAUCUUAAAAUCAACUGUAAAGCAUGUGGGCCGGUCGAUUCUGAAUGUAUGAAGUUUGCAGCGACGUAUGUUUCAGUUCAUCUGGCGAUGGAGUUUUUCAUCUGUGCAAGAGAUGAAUCUACUCCUACCAAUGAAGGAGAAAAAAUGUGCUAAAAUUACAGCUGUGUUUUCAUAAGAGCUCUAAGCCUGACGAGGCCAGUAUCUGGCUUGGAAUCUUUCAGUUUCCUGUAGUUGCUACAUUUCUGAUGUAUUUUCAGUGCUACUUGUUUGUUUCUUGGCUGUUGAAUGAAAUUCUUAUGUGCCUGAACUGAAUAUAGCUAUCGUGUCAUUUUGUGGCCCAGUACUUGCAUCUCAAGAUGCUGUGGAGGUAUAACACUACCCUUUCCCAUACCUUCCUAUACUUGAGGUUUUCCCUUGCACAGUGCUGAAGGGUGAACUUAAUCUGUGUUACUUUAUUAGCAGACCUCUCCGCUUCAAAUUCGGUGCGGAAUUUCUAGUGAUAUUUGGGUACAGAGGAUAGAUUUACAAGCAGUCUCAUACAUUCCAGGAAAAGUUUCUGCAACAAAUAAUGUUUACUAAAACCUUUUGAUACAGUUAUGUGGCUACAAAAGCUUGUUUGUUCCAAGACCUUGUCACAUCACCUUAAGGAUUCAGCUCAGACAUAUGAGAAUUUUGUUUGCAUGCCAGCUAAUGUUGGAAGUACUCUAAUUGUGUGUGCCUAUACUUUCUACAUAUGGGCAUGAAUAUUUUUAACAGUACUGAGUACUGUUAGAUGGUAACAUCUAAUCUGUAAGCUCUCGCAGGAUUUACAAAUGAGGUGUUUCUUUUUUGUCUAGCAUAGUAAGUGCUGCUUGAUUGUGGCUGCUGACUUGAUCCUAUAUAAAUUAACUUAGAAAAUAGGAAGCUUAUCCACUAACAAGAUCCUACAUCUGAAAAGUACGUGACUUUAAAAUCAAACUACUUCGGUUUAGUUCAGAAUGAGGAUUCAGAGCAAGACAUGGUCCUCAGUCCUUUACUAGAAAGAGGACAUCUUGCAUCCUGUUGAAAUGUCAUUGCCACAGGGUACAACACAGUCAGUCAUGUUCUGUAGUUUUGUGAGAAGGGUUGUUUUGGGAGUGUGAGAGACAAUGUCUCAAUCAUAAUUGAGGGAGCAUCUUUCAGAAGUUAUGCCCUGAGUAUGUGGUGUUGGGUCUCAUCCUUUUGUGUAGCACUUCCUACUGAACAAUUUAGAAUCCUUCAAGUUCUUGGAAAGGACUGGUGUACUUGAAGUCUAACAUCCUGCUCAAAGCAGAGCUAUUGUUGAAGCUAGAUGAGUUUGCUUGGUGCCUUGUCUAGUUUUGAGAAAGUCCAAAGAUGGCGCUUCAAAGGCUCUGGGUAUACUCAACUAGUUCUGUUUUGGAAAGUUAUCUAAUUGCCAUUUCCCAUGCUGCAACUUGUGUCCAUUGCCUUUUGUCCUUUCUCUGUGCAUGUCCAAGAAGAGUGACUUUUUCUCUAUAAUUACUGAUUAGGUAACUGAAGGUACUGUUAGGUCCCCAUGGAUUUCUUUAAAUGUUGUCAUUCUCAGUUUGCUUUUUGUGACUCUCGUUAGUAAGCACCUUCCACUCGGAUAACACUGACAGACAACUUAAAGGUGUAACUUGGGUUGUGACUCAGAGACAGCAAUGUUUCCAGGCCUUUCUUGUUUAUUUAGCACAUAAAUGGUUCUAAAAAUCUUCCAUGUAGCUUUAGACAUCAAAAUGCUUGUAAAAUUUUGCACAAGACUGCAGUCUCUAAGUCAUUGCUAAAAGAAUUCUCUGUUGUCUUCUGAGCUGAUGUGCAGUAAUAAGCAUAGUCUGAUGGUUGUGUUUUCUUUGCUGUCUUUAAAUUUAACUCUACCUGUAAAUUCUGUCUGAGAAGAAAAGAAGAUGGGAAUAUCCUGCCUUUGUGAAGAACAUCUCAGUGUGAUUAAUAUCUGAGAUACAAUUUUACUUCAGAGGUUUUAUUUGGCUUUAGAUUCCCUUUUUGUACUUCCAGUUUUAUAGAACUAUACUUUCAAAUUUAAGGAUAUUAAGCUUCUUCAGAUGCAGACUUUGGCAUCUCAGUGUUCUCAGCAAUCCAAUUGUUUUUGCUCUCUUUUAAUUAGACACUAUAGAUUCCUUGCUAUAAAGUGCCAUCUGUUGAAAAUUACAAGUAUUGUACGUUCAAUUGUUUGGCUUCUUUUCUACCUUCAAUCCAUGUACAGCUUUCUAAAGAAUGACAUCAGUUUGAAAUAUUGAAUAAUCCAAUAAAUGUUGAUUAAAAACCAUCUUCUAGAUACUGACAUCUCAAAGCUGCUUUUGAAAUUUCAGUCAAAAGCAAAAAAAAAAAUAAUUUCACUAAACUUGUAGACUACACUUUAAACAGUCUGUCAAAAAAGUGUGUGCAAAGGUUCAAAAUGAGUUUACUGUUUUUUCUCACAAAGGUUGUUUUCAUGUGAUGAAUGAUGUUCUGUAUGUAAAAGACAGUAAAUCAAAUUAUUUAUUCAGAGGCUUCAUCUCGCAUUCAUUCCCGCUUGAAACUUCAGAUUUGACUUUGGAUGCAAAUUAUAAAGUUUGAGCGAAAUAGAUUACUUUCACUAAAUAAAUAAUUUAAAGUAAAAUAAUUGUCUCUGCAGUACAAAAUGUAAUGCUUGAUGCUUCUGAAAAUGGGAUUUAUCAUAUAGACUUUAUUCAGGGCACAUGCUACUCCACACUGCUGUCAGGUAGUUCACUUGUAUGUUUCUAAGCUUUAAGAGUCUGUUUGAAUUGUAAGUGAUGGCUUUCAUCAGAAGGUUUCCAUAUGGGUUCAUGGAGUGCAGAGUUAGAACCUGGGCACUGACUUGUUUCUAAAGGUUUAAAGUUAAAUUAAUCCCUUAGUAGAAACUUGUAGGAGGGAGCAGGGAGUCUCUGCAUCAGGCGUAUGUUAGAUGAAGUGUCUAGAAGGCACAGUGUCUUGGCACAUAGUAGUGAAUUCAUAGCUCAUCAAUGGCCAAUACAAUGCCUGCCAGCAUUGCUUAAAAGCUCCCAGGGGUUUGCAGGGAUGAGUUCAUUGAGAUGACUAGCUAGUUUGUAGCUUUCUUGCUCUGAUCUGCUUUUUAGCCAGGCUUUUUUUUUUU